AUGAUGUUCUCAUUCCACACCGGUCACUCUUCUCCACACGACCGGUCUAGACAGCCAAGACCAAAAAGGGCGAAGAUCGGAAUCGCCUGUAAUGUAUGCAAGGCCAGGAAAACGAAAUGCGAUGGUGCCAAGCCCAUCUGUGGACCCUGUUCAAGACGGAAACGAACAUCGCAUACUGCUAGUUGCAUCUACCGCGAGACUGACAGCGGUGAGCAGUCAGAAUACACAAGUGGGCGUCUAGCAAAUGAUCCCCAACAAGCCGACGAUGAUGACAGGGCGAGCUCCUACAGUGCAUUCGUUCCAACUGGCAGUCUAUUUGGCGCAUCCAGUGGUGCGCAGUUCCUCCAGAAUGUUGGAAAUGACUCCGGCCUACCAAGCACCCCUAUAAACGAAACACAAAACCGAAGUCAGGUCCUGCCGAAAGCGCUCAAACGCCUGCCGAAGCUGCAGAAACCGAACUCUCGAACAGAUCCAUCGGACCUGCAGUUUGCGAUACCUCCAAGGAAGCAGGCCGAUAACAUGCUGUCGCUCUAUUGGGACUAUGUCGACAGCGCUUACCCCUGGUUGGACAGGCCUUCGAUCGAAAGCGCAUAUGAGACUCUGUGGGUCAAGGAUGGUGAACUGAACAUGAAUGAGAAGGUCCUGCAUUGCCUUCUGAAUCUCAUGUUCGCCACAUCUUGUGUUGCCUCCCAAGGCGAGCCUCCUCUUGCCCGCUAUCAAUCCUCAGUUAUCUUCUUUGACAGGGCGCAGUCAUUGAUGUCCUACGAACUGAUGGAUCUUUACAACUUUGAAAUCAUCCAGAUCCUCCUGCUGACAGCAGUAUACGUUCAACAUGAGAAAGAGCCCCAGAAGUGCUUCCGGAUUAUUGGAACAGCGAUUCACAUUGCCCAGGAGCUGGGGCUACAUAUCCCUGAAACAACCGAGGCAAUGGACAACCCCAAGGAGCGGGAUCUUGCGCGUCAGGUCUGGAAUGGAUGUGUGAUUAUGGAUAGGAUUUGUGCCAUGACGUUUGGCUGCGCCCUCAAAGUCCCUCGAUCUAUCGCAGAACGAGGACUGAACUCUCUGGUGCUCAGUUCCGUGGAUUCCUCGAGCGAAACUGUGAGCACAAGUCUACCCUCAAAGGUCAAUUUCUACAUAUCAUUCUGCCGAUUACAUCAUAUCAUUGCAGAAGUCCUGGAGACCUUUUAUAUUUUCGAGGACAGCAAAACCGAACACCAGUCUGGAAGAAACUCCAACGAUCGAGAGAAAGCCUCCUCGGUCUUUGACAAAUUUGCCAGCCUGUUUCGCAUCGAUUCGGCACUGAACGACUGGGUCCGUAGUCUGCACUCGUUUUUCCAAAUGCCGUCGGAGCUUCAAGACCCUACGCCAACUAAACAUAUCACUCGCGAAGCAAAUAUCCUGCGCGCCCGGCUCUUGCUUCUACAAAUCCACCAGCAAACGACCGAUAGUGCCCCAGGAAACGGUCUAUACGCUGAUGACGACCAGAUCAUGCCUCACGUAGUUUACCAGUGUCAAGUAAAUUGCACAAAAGCGGCUGCCGACAUGAUUGAAUUUAUUGUCCGGAACUCCCCGCAGCAGAAACAGGCGUACAUCUUACCAUCCAACUGGUACACUGUCUCAUCCCAAUCAUCUCCACAGAUAGUGGAGUACUUCUCUGCGUCUCGUCUGCAGGGCAUCCUGGAACAGGCCCGUGGGAUUCUUAAAGAUUACGACAAACAUGCCACGCUAGCUUCAAGAUGCAGCUCCGUUCUCAAACUAAUCGAACAGAACAUUGGCAGGCGCGAGUCGGUAGCAGACCUUGUUUCCUCUGAAACAUCGCAAGUCGUCAGAGGACAUGAGAACACAUCUGUGCGCGACUUUGUCCCGGGAGCCCAUGAGCCUCAAACUACCAUGGCGGAUGAUUUGGCGAUAGUGGACAACUAUACCUUCGAUUGGAACGAGUGGCCUAUGUUCUUUGCCCAGCUAGACGGCGAUACUACGCCUGCCGACGGUUGGGGGAUAUAA